AUAAAAGUGCGUACAAAGUGGGUUAAGACUCUUUAAUUAACCAUUUUCUUAUACCUACCGUGGCCUUUUGUUUCAUCGGAUAUAUUCUUUGCACGGAAAAAGUUUGGUUUUUGAGCUGCCAUUGGAAUCGAUACUUGUUUUUUUUGCGGUUCGGUGCGAAAUCCGAAUAGUCUCUGGGGCGUUGCUCGGUUUUUAGGUGUUGAAUUUGGGGAUGAAGAACAUACGCUGACUUUUCUGCUUCUGAAUUUAAUGUUUUGAAGCUCUACUGGAUCUGAUAUACUCUGUUCGGAGAGUUGGCGACUCUCUUAUGCUUGAAUUUAUUUGAAACAGUGGAUUUGAGCUAAUGGUUUUGCUGUCAAUGUUGUGAGACUGGAUGAAUCUAGAGCUAAGAUGAAGAGAGGGAAGGAUGAUGAUAAAAUAUCGGGGCCAAUGUUUCCUAGGCUUAAUGUGAAUAAUCCUGACAAGGGAGGACCAAGAGCUCCUCCAAGGAACAAGAUGGCCCUGUAUGAGCAGCUUAGCAUCCCCUCUCAGCGGUUCAAUAAGGGAGUUUCGUCCCCAGGCCCUAAAAACGCUUCCAACACGAUCCUACCACCCUCUGCCAGCCAGUAUUGCGGACAUGAAAGAAAUAUGUUUCCUCCAUGGCAUUUGCCACCAUCAACACAUUUAGCUGAGAAAUUACAUGUGCGCGGUGCUGAUUCAAAGAUUCAUCCAGCACAGUCCGAGUCCCGAAAGAAAACGGAUGAAGAUGAUUUUAGAGUUCCCGUCUUCUUUAAUUCUAAUGCCAGCCAAGGUAUUAGGAAAUUUUAUAAUAAGUCAGAGGGGGAAAAGGUUUCCACCUCAAGUCCAACGUUUCGUAUGCAUCCCGGUAAAGAGGCAAAGUUCACAAGUGGAGACAAUUUGAGAGAACAGAAGACCUCAAAACAGCUACCUGCGAGACUAGAAAAAAAUGUUAAUAUUUCCUUGAAUUCACCAUCCAGCGAUAAGAAGAAAAACUGUUUAAAACAUUCUGAACCGAGUGUUGGUCCUGCCAAUACCUUUUUCCCGUCAUGCAAGAGCGGAAUAAAUCUAUAUCCCAGAAAAGUAGAUCAUUGUAAAGUUUGUACCACCAAUGAUGGUGCUAAUAUAAAUGGGCCUAUUCAGGAUGCGGAAGAUGGUGAUUCUUCUAACCCAAUUAAUGGGUUUCAAACCGAAGAGCAAAUUAUUAAUCUUGUAAAUGAUACAGAGUCUCCAGAAUACCGGACUGGUGGAUUGCUACAAACCGGUAUUGUUGAUAGACGCAACAACACUUCUUGUAUGUCCGGAAUAGAGAUAUCUCCUGAUGAUGUUGUUGGGAUGAUUGGUCAAAGUCACUUUUGGAAUGCCAGAAAAAGUAUUAUGAAUCAGCAAAGAGUGUUUGCAGCUCAAGUGUUCGAGUUGCAUAAAUUAAUAAAGGUUCAGAAGCUCUUAGCUGGGUCUCCCAAUCAUGCGCUCGAUGAUGCUUCUGCUUUUUUAGGCAAACCUUUGAACAGUUCUUCCCUAGAAAGGUUGCCAUCCAAGUGUAUUACAAAAGCAACUCAAAAUGUUUCAAACCACAAAAGCAAUUCUGAAUUGCUCCACCUAAGAAAGGAAUGCUCCACAGAAGAUACUAUGGGUAGAUCGUCAUCUUCUUCUGUGCAAAAUGUUACUCAAACUCCAAUUGAUAAUCCCAUCCCAGGAAGAACACCAUUGGCGGUGGCAAGCAAUGAUCCUAUCAUGGGUCCGUUAUUUUACCGUCACCCCUCGGGGGACCAAUGGUUGAUUCCAGUGAUGACUCCAUCUGAAGGUCUUGUAUACAAACCAUAUCCUGGACCUGGAUUGACAACUGCUGACUGUGGCCCACCAGGGUCCACCCCAGCAAUGGGAAACUUUUUGGCUCCUGCAUAUGGAGUACCAGCUUCUCAAUAUCACUCUCAAGGAAUGAGUGUUCCUUUUGCAUCUCCAGCAGAUCAUGGCUAUUUUCCUCCAUAUGCUGUGCCAUUAACUAAUCCCGAUGUCUCGACUUCAGGUGUUGAACAGAUGAGCCCAUUUCCUGCGACGGGCUCUUCAGUUCAUGUAUCAGGUGCAGAGGGCAACUUUAAACCCCAAAGCUCAUGCAACACGCCAAGUCAAAAAGGUGGGGCCGUUUCAGAUAAUGAGCUGCGAGCAAGCUGUGCUAGUAGUGCCAGUGAAAGAGCACAGGGAGUGACAGUAAGUGGUCCCACACAAGGAAACAUCAUUCUUCCUCCAUUUUCCACAUCCCCUGCUGUCAACAUGGACGCAAGUCAACCUCCUAAUACUGCUCAUCCUCCAAGGGUAAUAAGAGUUGUGCCUCACAAUGCUAGAUCUGCAUCUGAAUCUGCUGCUAGGAUCUUUCAAUCUAUACAAAAAGAGAGGAAGCAAUAUGACUCUAGGUAGCUGUUGCAGAUUGGCCAGUUGCGGUCUUGUUCUCUUUGGCUGCAAUGUAUAAUGUAUUAACUAAAUGCUGUGUAGCAGGCAGUUAUUGUAUGCAGAAAGUCAUGAUUUGAUCUACCUUAGGUGUAGGGUAAUAUAUCAGCCAGGCCUCUAGCUGCGCUAUUAAAAAUAUGUGGCUUGCUCCCUUUGCUUUCAUUGAUUUAAUUUGUAAAACAUAAAUGUCAGACAUGCUAAAGGUAAAUGCCCAAAGUUAUAUGGACAAGGGUCCUCAACUCCUAUGGUUCAGGACUUUGGGUAGUGAAUUGCGAACACUUUGAGGCGGAUUACCAAGUUAGAAGCUUGUUUACUUUAUUGUUUUCCAAAAUUAGAAAAUGGAAGCAUUUUUUA